AUGAGGAGCGGCGGCGACGUCAGGUCCUUCUUCCGGCAGCAGAAGGCCCACUCCGGCGCGGCGGCCACCAAGCCCACCGGCGGCGUGUCCAAGAAGGCGGCGCACCACCACCAGAAGCAAGCGGCGACGCGCCCGACGCCAGGUACUCCGCCGUACGCCCAAUCCCAACUCCAUCACGGCGGCGGCGCCGACGCGGGGAGGGAGGAGGCGGAGGACGCGGAGAGGAAGGCCAGGGAGUUCGACAUGGACAUGCGCUACGGGCCCUGCCUCGGCCUCACCCGCGCCCAGCGCUGGCAGCGCGCCGCCGCGCUGGGCCUCGCCCCGCCGCCGCACGCGCUCUGCUCCGACGACCAGCCGUGCCUCUGGGAGGGCCGCGUCUAG